GUACCGCGCAUUUAGCAGCAGGGGGAGGGAGAGAGCAGGAAGAGUGUCGCUGUUGGAAGCAGGAAGUCAAGAGAAAAAUAAGAAACAGGAAGAAGGAGAGAACUAGGGGCCAAUCUGCAAAGGAAUAGAAAGUUUAGGGAAUGCUGGGAAGCGUUUAUUUAGGACAUAUGAGUUACUGAGCGCGGACAGCUUGAGCGACAUGUCUCUGUUUCCAACGCUUUUAUUCUGCGGCUGGCUGAUUUUCACUAAGGGAAGCUCUGUGCUUGACUCCUCUCCUUGUCCCACAAAUUAUUUCCAUUGCAGGUCAAGAUGCUUACCUCUAUCUUCUAGAUGUGAUGGCUUCUUUGAUUGUGAAGACCAAUCUGAUGAGGUUGGCUGUGCCCCGCACUGCAGCUUCACACUGCUGGAAUUUUAUGGGGUAUUCUCUCCUCCAGGGUACCCAGACUCUCCACUAAACCCCCUGCCUACUUCCUGCCGCUGGCUGAUUGACUCUGGAGACAGUCGAGGCCUUUCUCUGCAAUUUUCUUCUCUCCAGCUCUCUGAGUCUGAUGCUCUUGUAGUAUAUGAGUUGGCUGCUGAGGACUCAAGUCGCGUUCUUCGUGCUCUUGACCGGCAAAGCAAUGGAAAAUCAGUCACAGUGGAGUCUGUGGGAGGAAGGGUCAUGGUUAUGUAUCAUUACAGCUCUGAGGUUUUAAGUAACCCCAGUCCUGUUUCCUCUGUCACCCACAGCUCAGAAUUUAAACUUCCAAUUGCUGACAUUCCUGUGUCUUCUAAACCAAUAAACCGUGACAAUGAUUCCCCUUCCUUUGUUUCCCACACUUCUCGCUCUUCUUUACAUAGUAUUUGGUUCCCUCUUUUCCAUCCUCGGGGAUUUAAUGCCACAUAUCGGGUGCAUGGCUAUUGUCUUCCUUGGGACCACCCUUGUGGAUCCAGCCCUGGAAUCUUGUGGGAUGAUGAAGUAGAGGAAGGUGGGAGCUGCUUCACUGAUGCACAGCGCUGUGAUGGUGCCUGGGACUGUGCCAAUGGCCGCGAUGAAAUGAAUUGUUCAGGCUGUGCUCCUGGACACUACCCCUGUGCCAUGACCCGUGCUUGUUACCCCAUUACUGAGAGGUGUAAUUAUCAAACAUCAUGUCAGGAUGGUACUGAUGAAAGGGGAUGCCGCACAUGUCAGCCUGGAGGAUUCCACUGUGACUUGGAACGUUGUAUAUAUGAAGCAUGGGUUUGUGAUGGGCAGGCUGACUGCAGAGAUGGAAGUGAUGAACGAGGAUGCGGAUAUACCCUCCCUCGUAGGGUCAUUGCUGCAGCUGUCAUAGGAAGCCUUAUCUGUGCUACGCUGCUAGUCAUUGCACUUGGUUGUACAUGUCGGCUUUAUACUACCCGAGCACGAGAGUACAGCGUCUUCGCACCUUUGUCCCGAAUGGAUGCAGAGCUCAUCCAGCAACAGGCCCCACCAUCAUAUGGUCAGCUGAUUGCCCAAGGAGCUAUUCCACCUGUGGAUGACUUUCCAACUGAGAGCCCAACUGAUGGCUCUUUCAUAGGGAACUUGCGUAGUCUCCUACAGUUUCUACACCAGACACCACCAGUCCCUGCUGGAGCAGCUAAUGAAUUACCAACUCGCAGACACCAGCCUCGUGCAGUCAGACGUCUUCUUCGACGCUUGCGCCGAUGGGGACUUCUCCCUCCUCGUGCACAGGGACCUCAAGUGGAAGUCUCCCAAAAUCAGACCUUGCCGUCACCAGAAGUAGCAUCAGAGGGUACUGAGCCCUCCACAGCUCCAGCACUUCCAGUCAAAAUGCCUCUAGAUGGUCCAGAUACUUCAUCAGCCCAAACAGAAGCCUCCAUUCUACCUCAGUACUCUGGGAGUGGGAGGAGUCUUAUGGGCAUGAUGCAAGUGGUGCGAGAGAGAAUCUUGUACCCUCUUGGAGCAGAGGAACCAUCGGGUGGGAGGAGAGGGAGGCCAGAGGAAGAAAUAGGAGGAGACCUUCAAAGACAUGAAGAAGAUGAUGAAAUGUUGUUGUUGCCCCUGGCAGAAGGGUGGGACAGUGAGGCAGGGGAUGUUGAGUUAAUUUUAUGUUAACAGAACUUCUCUUAACCCCUAUUGUAAACCCUAUUACAACUUUGCACAAACAUCACUUGAACUAAUUCACCCCUCCUUGUCUGUUAAGUGUCUCCCCUUUGAUUCCCAGUCUUCUUAACUUUUACUCUAGGUUGGCAGAGGGGAUAAAUGUAUAAACAAUAUUGUCUGGGGGUGGCCAGUCCUAAAAUAAUUCAUUAUAGCCAAACUAAACUACAAAAGAAAUGUAUCUUUUGGAAAUACAUUGGGCUUAAGCAGGUAAAUAUUGAUAAGAAAUAUUUUGCAUAUACCUCACUUUAGCUUUAAAUGUCUAAAUUGCAGGCAGGCCAGAGGGGUUUAAACAAAUCACUCCGUUAUCUGAUUGUAUAUCUACUAGAUAUUCAGACAUUUGCCCAUUUACUUUAAGUAGUAUAAAGGCUUAUACCAAUAGAAUUAUGCACCUCAUAAAUUGUUUAUUGGAAUAGCUCGCCAGGGAAAAAUCUGUGUAUACCCCUGAUAAAAGCAUGUAUAGAGUGGAAGCCUCUAGCUAUAGGUGAAUAUGACUCACAGUUCAGCAUUACUUGCAAUCAGUGUCACUUACUAUCUAGCUGGCCAGUGCUAGAGAAAUUUAGGACUAGCAAAUGUUUUGUAAAUAAAUGUGUUUAUGUACUGUAUAUAAAUAUAUGUUAUAUACAGACAAGCAAAUUUCCCAGCAUAUCGCUGAUAAAUUUUAGGGAACACUCAAAGCAGUUCAAUUAGCCUAGGAAAGUGAAAAUAGUAAUCUUAAACUGUCCCUUCCUUAAGAUGAAAGGGAUGUUGCAAUAUAUAGAAACCAAUGAAUUUUAAUCUGCCCACUUAAAAUGUCCUAAUUUAAAUAUUCACCCUUUGAAUGUUUUUAUUAUUUUUUGACACCACUUAUUCCACAAAUUGCACUAUUUUUUAAAAGAAACCGUAAAGGGUUCAUGUUAUUUUUUCAUAUAAUUCAGGUACCUCUAACUACUACUUGCAUUAUGUAAAGUCACGAAUUAAGCUAAACAUAGUUAAAGUGGUAUUUGGUAACAUAACAUAACUUAAAUGUAUCGUCGGUGGAUACUUUGUCAGCACAGUAGUUCAGUCUGCUUUGAUGCUUCUGUCUUGAAUUCGAUACCAUUUUCUGCAAGGUAUUUGUAUGGACUUCUCCCACACUCCAAAAAUGU